AUGGCGUCUAGGAACAGGGCUCAUGCACUAGUAAACAAAAUUUGUAGCUCAAGUGAAGCACAUAAUCUUGCACCCGCAACCUCAACUCCGAUUCCGAAACAAUUUCCGGAACAGAUUGAUCUUGCCACAUUUACAGACCUACAUUAUUAUGAAAGGAGCGAACCUCCGGGAGAAGAAAGAUUGAUCUUGGGGCCAUUUAAUACUGAUAACAACGCAGAUCUCGUUCAAUUAAAAGACUUGAUAGCGACAGAUUCACUGCCUUUGUUAGUAUGUGCAACACCAGCAUCAUCACCAACUUCGCCACCACCACCUAGACUAGAUUCUACUUCAUUUCGUGAUGACUUUUCGCCAGAUGACAGUGAUUACGAACCACCCAACCACGAUGCAAUAAGCUCUGAUUCCGAAAAUAUCCAACCAAAUAUUCAAAUUACGGACACUAUCCAGGAGGUAGUUCACUAUGGCGAUAUGACAGAAGGCCGGCGUCGACUAAAAGAAGCUCAACCAGAAAGAUGGAAAAAAAAUGUUACCAAGCGACUGCGAAUGGAGGGUAAAGAGUAUGUAGGGUACAAACGGCCAAGGGGUGAAAAAGUUCGACCCCAAUUUCGAAACUCAAGGGUCAUUGGACCUAGGUGUGUUUCGAAUUUCUGCAGAAAGAGUAAGAUCAGAUGUUGUGAUGAAGUAGGUGAUGACGAUAGGGAUAAGAUAUUUCAACAAUUCUGGAAUGACAUGGAUUGGCAUCAACGAAAAGUAUACGUAGCUAACAACGUAACUUUUCAGGAAAAAGGCAGACUAACAGUAUCUGAAAGUUCGAGAAGAUCAGGUACUUUAAUUUAUUUUCUUCCUGUUAGCAAUCCCAAUGAUGGCACCACAACUAAGAAGCGAGUAUGUCGUGAAAUGUUUCUUCAGACUCUUUGUCUCGGAUCAUUUUCAGUACAGAGUUGGGCCAAAAAAGGGCAAUGUGGCAUGCAUCCAUCAGAAGAAAAUAUGAAUCGUAACCGCCGUCCCAGAGCAUUACCUUGUCAGGGACGUGCGGAUGCCCUAAAUAGCUUUUUGGAUGGGUUGCCUAAAAUGCCGUCGCAUUACAAUCGUCUUAACACCAGCAAAGUCUACCUAGAGCCCAUUUAUCGGAAUGUCAAUCACUUAUACAGUACAUACAAACAAUUUUGCUCAGAAAAGGAGGUUAAUCCCUAUGCUAGAAAUAAAUUUACACAGACACUUAAAUCUAAGAAUAUAGCUAUCCAUACAAUAAAGAAGGACAUGUGUGAUACCUGUGUGGGUCAUCAGACUGGUAAUGUGUCUGAGGAUGAUUUCCAAAUACACCUGUGCAAGAAAAAUCGAGCUCGUGAAGAAAAAAAUAAAGACAAAAGUGAAGCAAUUAAUGGUAAAUGCAUAGUUUUGACGAUGGAUUUACAAUCUGUUAAGCGCUGGGUAGAGGAACUAGCUCGUGAAGCCCAACGAUGGGCUGAUCAGUGCCGUCCCCCGCGAAUACCUGAAGAGCGAGAUACAUGCAGGGACCUUUGUAAUUCAGUAUUUAUAACUUCAUUCUCUAGUUAUUAUAUUUGAUCAAUAUUGCAUUCACAAUGCUAUAAUGAAAAAUAUUUUUGAUGAAAAAUGAUUAAAAAAUCCACUUUGUUCUUGGCACUCUGAGAUAAGCAUUUUUCUUUAAGAAUAUUUUUCAUUCUAUAGUUUUAUGUUUAAUUAUACAGGGUAUGCAAUCGGACUCUUGAUCGCUCUACAUAGUGCGUUCUGUUUUCUGCAAUUGCGAAAGUUAUUUUUUUUUCUCUUUAUUUUGGCACAAACAGUCAUUAAACAACAUUUCAAUGUUGAAGAUAUUACAAUAUAUUGUAGGCAACGAGUACCCAUAAUUACUUAAUACAGAAAGAACAACAUGAGUUACAAAGUAAAUAACAGCUUUGUGUAGCGUCUGUGAUCGGCGAGGCGCCAGGAUUACGAGUCGAGUCCAUGGUGGACUUAUGGUAUAUGCAGAGUAUGCAUUAUAAAGAAAACGUCACUUCUUUUGUCGUACCUGUGAGCAAUAUAAACUAUUAUGGAGACUUUGCACAAAUGAUAUGGGCAUGGAGUUACAUGGUUGGCUGUGGCAGAAGUCGUUUUAUGGCUGAAGUUAGGGGACGCUUGAGGAGUGUAGAGCGUCUCGUGUGCAAUCUAUCACCGAAGGGUCCCUCUGCAGGGCGACCUCUCUGGGUCGCUACGUCACCGGCCUCGGCUUGUCCUCCCCGAUCCGUACAAGAUCCCAAUCUUCCUGCACUAUGCAACUUUCAAGCCGAUUUAGACGUAUCAACAGAUGUCGACGGCGUUUUAUCUAUAGAAGAGCACGUCCUAUUAAGCACAGUAUUAGAAAUAGAAAAUAGAGAAUCUCCCAAUUAUUUAGGAAGCCUAGAUGAGUUAUAUUUGACUAAGUUGGCGAUAGUGACCAUGGAAAAUUCAGUUACCCAAGCACUUCCGCAUAACAAUUAUGUAUAUAAAAGGGAUAUAAAAUAUAAGUUAGGUAUCAAUGAUAUCGAAUUUGAAUUACUUGAUAAUUUUAUUCAUAAUGAAACUAAGCAAGAUACUAAUGCAACAUUAGAUAUUAAUUAUGAAGAAACUAAAUUAACACCAAAAGUGACUAACAAAAAUAUCAAAACUGUAGGGCGACCAAAGCCUUAUGAUAUAGAGGAGUUAAUUAACAAUGAUGCAGAACAGAAUAUAACUGGGGAGAUCAAUCACCAUGAUACAACAGAACGAGGAUUUCCAAAGAUUGAUCGAGACGUUUAUUUGGAUUAUUAUGAAAUUACGAUAUUAAAAGAAGUUAAUACAACAGUCUUAGCAACAACACCUGAAUCCACAAAUAAGCAUGAUGGUGUGCAUAUGUCACCACAAAAUUGUAAUAUUUUGCGGUAUAAUCUGACGAGAUAGAUAUCUCGUUUUUCAGUUUAGGUUAGAAAUAUUAUAAUCAAAAGAUUAUAAAGUUUCUAAUAAGAUUAGAAACAGACGAUGCCUUACAAUUUUACGGUGACAUAUUUAUUUAUACAUAUAAUAAAUGCAACAGCUGUAUAUUAUAUCUGCAAGAAUAACCUGAAAAUACAUUUUGUAGAUAAUUUAACUGAAAUUUUAUUAAAUGUGAGCAAUGUAAAUCGACUGAAUGAUGAAUCUACAGUAAUUGAAUCGACUCAUAGCUUGAAUACAGAAAUGUAUGUAUUGGAAGAAAAUAAUUAUCAAUUUAAUGAGACAUCGACGAUAUUGAAUAACAAUACUCUGAUAGAAGUUAAUGAUUCACAUACAACAAGGGCUGUUGAUGAUGAUUACCUUACUGAUCGUGAGUAUUGA